AUGUUAUCAGAUAAAAAUAAUUAUGAAGGUGAACAUACACUAAUAGAUGAAAUCGACAAUAACUUUUAUCUUGUGCAAGAUGGAGAAGAAAAGGAGUCAAUGAGUUUUUCUAAUGAGUCUGCUAACAGGUACUCUUUUAUUGGAAGAAUCUUUGAUAAUCUAGAUGUGGCAUAUGAUUUUUAUAACGAAUACGGUCUAUCAAGAGGUUUUGGUAUUAGAAGGAAUCAAUCCUAUAAACACAAGGUAACGAACAUAGUUUACACGAGUAUAUUUGUAUGUAACAAACAAGGUUAUAAGAAUAUGAAUGAUAAACGACGGCUCCGAGAUGAUAUUCAACGUCGUUGUAUUACUCGAACCGGGUGUAUGGCCAUGAUACAAGUGACCUGUAGGUCUCAUAGCAUUUUUCACCGCUCUAAGGAAUGUAAAGAUGUUGUAACUCUACUCUCGAAUUCCGGUAUUAAACCUUCUGAUAUUACUAAAGCUGUGAAUGCAUUAAGAGGUAGUGAAAAGGACAGGCUUACUCGAGUACAAUGUUCUAACAUUGUCACCAACGAAAGGAAAAUUAAUUUAGGAAAAGAGUGCCAUGGAAUUAUUAUGCACUUCCAAGAAAAGGCAGAACUAGAUCAAGAGUUUUACUUUGCAAUGGAAUUGAGUACAGAUGGUACACUACGAAAUGUGUUUUGGGCUGAUGGGAGAUCAAGAUCGUCUUUUUGUCAAUUUGGUGAUGUCGUUGUUUUUGACACAACUUAUAGAACGAACAAAUUUAAUUUGCCUUUCGCCCCUUUUGUUGGAGUGAAUCAUCACGGCAAGUCUAUUUUGUUUGGAGCUGCAUUGUUGGAAAAUGAGACUGAGACAUCGUUUAUAUGGUUGUUUAAACAAUUUCUUAAAUGUAUGCAUGAAUGUCCACCAGUUUCUAUCAUUACUGACCAAGAUUUAGCAAUGGGUAAAGCAAUUGCCAAGGUUUUUCCAAAAACAAGACAUCGUUUUUGCGCUUGGCAUAUUCAAAAGCAUAUUUUGGAACAUCUCCAACCAUUGCAAUCUCGAUAUGAUGAUUUUGAAGAAACUUUUAAUCGAUGGCUCAAAAGUCAAAAUGUUGAAGAUUUUGAAGCAAAAUGGGUUGAAGUAAAGAAUAAAUAUGAUAUUGCUGAUGACUCUUGGUUAGGAAACAUGUACAGCUUGCGCCAUCAGUGGGUUAAGUCAUAUUUAAAAGACACUUUUUUUGCGGGCAUGACAAGUAGUGGUCGAUGUGAAAGUAUGCAUUCGUUUUUUGAUGGUUAUGUCAACUCUAAAACCAUGUUAAACGAGUUUGUAUGA